GAGAACCUCAUUUUGCACCAGUGAACAUCUCUGCCUGCGUCGUCCUGACAGCUGCUUUAAAACUGGCAUGAGCAGAAGAUCGAAAGGUGAAAAAUCAGAAAUGUGUGACCAUCAAGAAAAAAACAAGAGCAAAAAGCCAGAUGUCAAAGGUCACGCAAUGAAGCAGCACCACUCCAGACAGGACCAUAGUCAUCCCCAUCAUAAUCAUCAUCAUCAUCAUCAUUCCCACCACUCAGAAGAUGACGACUCCCAGGACACAUAUUCCACGGCAGAAGACAGCUUGCUCAGUGAUCAUCAGCGUCCUUUUCACCAUUACCACCGCACCCCUCGUCAUCGCCGGCUCUCUCUUUCCGAAAAGUCAUUCUCUUCUUCAUUCGAAUCCUCCUCAUCCUCUUCCUCGACAUCGACCUCAUCUUCUUCGUCUUCCUCAUUCUCUCACUCCUCCUCCUCCUCUUUGUCUGCAUCUUCCUCCAGUCUGUCAUCCGAGAGCAGUAGCGAAGGUUCUGGAAAACUUCUCCUUAGGAGGCCUCAGCACUCCUUGUCUUGCACGGACAUUUCAAGGAAGCCCAGGUCUGUCCAGGAGGCUUUGAUCGGUCAGGCAGAUUGUUUACCGAAGCAGAAAUCCAAGUCUUCCGACAACGACGCUCAGAAGAAGACACAAAAGGACGAGAUUAGAUCAGCAAAUGAUGGCAAUUUCCGCAAAUCCAAAUCGAUGGAGGCGCUCACUAGCCGUGUGGAAGGAGGAGAAGACGCCAGCAAGGAUGAAAAGGAACUGGAAAAAAGAAAAAUCCUAGUCAAACAAAAUUUAUUGAAAGAGAAAAUGAAGUUCUCCGCCUUCCUCAACGAGAUCACCCGACAGGUGCUCAGCCCAAUGAGACUCAGCACCUUAGGGGUGACAGAAGCACAGAAACAAACCGGAUACGUCAAAUCAGGGAAGUCGGAGAACAGCCAGAGGAGUCGACCUGUCAGUGCCGACUCUGCCAGCUCCAGCACUCAGCUGCCCAAGUCCAAAUCCUCCCACCAGCAUCGCCGCCGCCACUCGCCGGGCCCUGGCGAGCGCAUGCAGCCCAGACCCAAAAGCUGCCCGGAAAGACGUUCAUCGCGGUCACAAACUUCUCAGCAUCGCUCCAGUUCCCCAUCUCGUAAACGCCACCAAGGGAAUCGUCCCCAGCAUCACCGUGGCGACUCAAACAGUUACCAUCAUCGCGACGCAAGUCCUCACCGCCAUCACAGAUACUACAGUCCUGUCUUUUCUGACCAUGGAGACCAUGAUGGUUCCGCUCAUCAUCAUCGCCAUGAAGACAAACAUGAUGGCGAGCGAUACAGCCCGGAUGAUCACCAUCGUCGCCAAGACUCUGCGGCUCGACACCACAAUGACCAUCAUUUCCAUUAUCGCCAUGGAGAUCAUUAUUAUACCUCUCGUCCCCGGGACCAGCACCACGACCGAACCCCGUCUCAUCAUGAACUUCACAGCAGGGCGUCAUCACAGCACCGUGACAACCACUUAAAUACAAAACGUCCCGUUACGCCACGUCGAGACUACAGAGACCACUUCUACCCUAAACAUCACCACCGCGGUGACCAACAUGGCUUUGCUCCGUGUCACAAUUCCGAGGAGCAACAUCAUCACGGUGAUCAACAACAAAGUGGCAGCCAUCACCAGCGAGGUCAGGCUAAAGAUCACCAUGGAGACCACCGCAGUUCCGCUCGUCAGCAUCAUCAUCAUCUUCAUCAUGGAAACCACCGGAGUCUAAACCAACAUCAUCUCCAUGGACAUGACCUCAGCGAGGAGCAGCAGCCUGAUGACGAGGAAAGUUUGUGUCAUAAGCAUCGGCAGAGCGAUAAUAACCAUCACCAUGGAAACAAACACGUUCAGGAACAUCGUGAAAACCAGCUCCAUCAACACAGUCAUGGAAAACGCCACCAUAGAGACCACCACAGCCCAAACAGUAAAGAUCAACACACUCGAAACAGUCAUCAUGAGCAUGAAGAACACCAAAGCCUACACCAUCCUGAGUCGCAGCAAAACAAACCCCACCCCAAGAACAACAGCAAGGACCCCCACACUGACGUUAAAAGUCUGCCUGCACACCAGAAGAACUCAAGCAGGAACAGCAGCAGCUUCUGCAGUCAAGAAGAGGAGCAAACAGACUUCACCGGACCUUCAAUACCACAAGAAAGGACACCUGAAACGGGAAUGAUGCUGUUCCUCCAAAAAGACAGUGAAGGUCACCACCAGAGUUUGUUGAACUCAGCAGUCCCGUUGGAAUGUUUUGGAGAAUUCCUAAGCGGCCAAAAGCUUCUAGAAGAGGAGCUCCAGAGGACGCGUCUGGAAUUGUGCAACCUCACAGAGAAUUUUAAAAUCCUUCAUGAGAACUGUUCAUCCACGCAACAGACAAACAACCUCCUAGAACAAAAGCUUAACUCUGUGACUCAGAGUAUGGAAGGGGAGCGUGAGAGGUUAAGCAGACGUAUUUCAGCAUUGACGGAACAACUAGCGGGUGCCACAUUUUCUAACGAUGUGGACGGAUUUAAUGUAAAGUCUGUGUUGCUCAAAAGCAACGACCAUUUUCAUCGGGAUGAUGCCAUCAUUCAGGGGAUCCUCCCCAUUGCCCCUCCUCCCAUCCAAUUCAUGGACAGUCAAAACUAUGAAAAGGUCAAAGCAGGGGGCCAGGAGCAAAGUCUAGGAUCGGUUCCAGAGGAGGAAGAGUCAGACUGGUCAGAAAUGGGGGACGACAUCCCGCGAUUUCUACUGAACAGAGGCCAAGCAUGGCCGCUCAGGGAAGGAGACAAAGACAGCGAGUUGGGUGGUGAGGAAAUUGCCCGAUGGCACUCUCCUCGACCUCUGCAGAUACCCCAUCUCCAGUUCACGAUUCACAACGAGAUUUUACCCGUUGCGCCAUCCAAUGCAUGCCCCUCCGGCACGACUGGCGAGGGCACAUUUAAGAUCCCCACAAGUCAGAAUCUUGGUUCCACGAUUCUGAUCAGGUCGACCAGCCUGGAGGAAAUCCCUCUCGCAUGCCAGCAAAUGCCAAAAGAGCUGAGAGGCACGGAGGCCAUGAUGGACCUCCACCACCCUGGAAGCGAAUCUGUUGAGGAUCUUGAUAACGAGAUUAUUCAUCAUUGGAGAAUAAGCAACGAAAUGGAUGGGAGGACAUUGGAGGCAGAAAGCGCUCCGUGCAGUCUGCAGUCAGUCGAACAGAUGCUCAACCACUUCAUGAGCGAGCCGAAGAACAGUGGAGGAAGGUGUCAGGGAUGGACAGGAGGAAUGGCAGAAGAGGUGUUUGGAGGGGAGCAAACACAACUGUGAAGCCACUUUAUUGAGCAAUUUUCUUCAGUGAGGUUUUAAAAGACAGUGAAACCAAUGGAAGGGGUUAGGAUUGUCACAGACAUACAAACAUCUGCAUUGUUAUGUACAACUGAACAGAGAACAAAGACAUUAAUCAUUAUUUAAUACAACAUGUUUAUUAUAGCUCUUGUUUGCAGUGUAAAUAGAUCAGGACCAUGGAUAGCUGCAAGUACCCAAUACUGUAUCAUCACUUAUGAAUAUUCAUUUGUAGUUAUUAGUUAUAUAUGAAGGCACUGUUAAAUAUCUCAUGCAAACCUUUAAAUGUUAAGCACAGUCUACUAAUCCACCCAACUAAACCAAGCUCAAUUCUUUGCCCACAAUAGACCGAAACGAAGAGACCAGGUUGCCACAUUUGACUCCACGUGCAUUGACGUGUAAGAGGACUAAAGAAAGAAGAAAGACAGUCUAUUAAAAUCUUGAAUAAGUAUCUGUCAUGAUCUGGCAGUUCUGCUGCAGCCUGUCUGCUUUUUGUUGCAGUGCCUGGUUCUAGGGUCACACCUGAUACGCAUUUCUUCUUGACGAAUUAAACUCUCCAGUUCAUUCACCUGGCACCAGUAGAUUCCUGAGGGUUCACCCUUCAAGUUGUGUUUAUCUCCUCUGCUCUAGCUCCACUCACGUUUCUCGUGUCUGUGACUCUUCUACCGACGCUGCCGUAGUGUUGACUGUUUCCUCUCGACAUCUUUUGUAUGCGUUUUCCGUUUCAUAAGACCUUUAGUUUGCAUCCUUUUUUGUUUUUCCCCACUCCUUUUUGAAUGUGCUUUUUGUUAUUAUUUGUAUUGUUUCUUCUCUGCGUUGGGGUCCUAAAGCUGACAGUAGCCUGACGUUAAAGACGUUUGUGAUAUACUGUAUGUAGUAAUAGUAUGUUCUGUUUUUGUAAUAGACCUACUGUACAAUUGCAAUAUUAAUAUCAACCUAAUGUUUGGUAAAAUAUGUUUCCUCUGUGAUGUUAAUAAUUAGAGAAUACAGUAUAAUACACAAUUGCUUACAUCUGGCCAUGUACUCCUAAUACAAUUACAGUCUAAUAAAGACACUAUUAAUA